GGAAAGGAAGAAGCCGGAGUUCAGAGCCGUUCUUUGAGGACCCAACUCCUUUAAUGGUAAGGACGUGGUAUCCUGCUGCAUUGGGAACGGCCAUGUGGUCGCUUUAAAUGUGCUCGCACCCCACAACUGUUCCUUCUUGGCUCAUCAAAGCACCUCUUUCCUGGUUUCUGUUGCCAUUCAAAGUUUCCGCAAACCAACCGACCUUCUUCUACCUUUUAAGGCGCUCACUUGUUCUCCGCCCACUAUUGCCGACAGGAGGAAGCUUAUCUUACCGAGCCCGGGAAAAUUUUCUGCAUGAUUUUUGUAUUGCCCUGGAGAUCUAAAUUAUUCACGGAAAGAAAAGCCAUUUUUUCUACUUCCUCUAACCGAUUUUAAACAUUAUCAUGCUCAACUGCGUCUCAGUCGGCUGAAGGUUUUCUCAGGAAAAAGCCCAUAAAUCCUUCUUCAAUGCCGCGUUUUCUCAGGACUCUUGUGCUUAUUCUCUCUUGUGUUUGGCUGACACCCAUUACUGAGCAGUACACAUCAUCUCAAACGCAGGUUCUUCAGCAGUUAAGGAAGCAGCUAGAGUUUCCCAAACAGCUGUCACCGUGGAACAAUACCGAAAAUAUCUGCUACCUUCCCUCAACGCCUCUUCUAACUGUGAUCUGUGAAGGCAACUCAGUGACUGAGCUCAAGAUUGUUGGUGAUAAGCUUGUCAAACCCGAUACUUUCAAUGGCUAUUCUAUUUGGGGUAAAACCUUAUCACCCGCUUUUUCUUCCGAUUCCUUCUUUACUACUCUGUCGAGAUUGCCUAGCUUGAAAGUUGUUAUUUUGGUUUCCUUGGGGAUAUGGGGUCCUCUCCCUGAUAAGAUUCAUAGGCUCUCUCAGCUUGAAGUGCUUGACCUUAGUUCAAAUUUUUUCUAUGGGACAAUUCCUCCUAAGAUAUCUUCUAUGACAAUGCUACAAACAUUGACAUUGGAUGGAAACUUCUUCAAUGAAACUGUUCCGGAUUGGUUUGAUUUGCUGUCAAACCUUACAAAUUUGAGCUUGCAGCACAAUAGACUGAAGGGACCAUUGCCUUUGUCUAUUGGAAGAGUCCAUUCUCUUAUUGAAAUUUCUUUGUCUUAUAAUAGUAUAUCAGGUGAACUCCCUAAUUUGAGUGGGCUAGUUAGCUUGGAAGUAUUGGAUAUUGGAGACAAUGAGUUGGAUUCUGAACUUCCACACAUGCCAAAAAGGCUCGUCACUAUGUUACUCGGUAAGAAUAAAUUGAGCGGAGAGAUUCCUGGGCAGUUCGGCGAGUUAAGUCAGCUUCAGCACCUUGAUUUGUCAUAUAACUUGCUACAAGGGACUCCACCAACAUCAGUCUUUGCAUUGCCUAACAUCAGUUAUGUAAAUCUUGCAUCGAACAAACUCGCUGGCUCUCUUCCAGUCAGUUUAACUUGCAGUAGCCAGCUUGGAUUUGUUGAUAUUUCUGCUAAUAUGCUGGUGGGAAGAUUGCCUUCUUGUUUGAGCUCUAACUCAAAUAAUAAGGUUGUCAAGUUGGAUGGUAAUUGUUUGACAGUGGACUCCCUGCAUCAGCAUGAAGCUUCAUACUGCCAAACUCACUCGAAGAAGAAGUUUUCGAAGCUCAAGAGCUUGGUUUUUCUGGUUGCUGUCAUUGGAGGGGUCACUAUUAUUGUUCUUCUGUUGCUGUUCUUUCUACGCUACUGUAGAAGAAAGCAGGAGGGAACUGUUUCAGAACAAGGUUUAUUACCUAAACCUGCUCUGGAUAAUUCAGCUUCAGGAUUGUCAUCUGAGCUUCUUACAAAUGCUA